AUGUUUUUAGCGACACGCCAGUUGCUUUUUCUAGGAACAGCCGCGAGUCUUCUGCUGCUACUGUGGUACACGCAGAGAAUCUUUGUAUCCCGCGAUCGAGAGACUUGGACGGUCUCACGGCCAGCCCCAACACCGACACCAACACCAACGCCAGUUGAGCUGGUCUCAACUGCUCCUAAGUCUCCCGUACAGAGUGCAGGCAAUAGCACAUUAGGUUUUCAAUCCAUCCUCACCCUUUCCACUGGCCCCUCAUGGAGAACAAGAGGAUUACUAGCCGCAGCAAAUCUUACGGGGUUGGAUAUUCAGAUCCCACCCCAGCCACCGAUCCAUCCGAAUCUCGUCCAUGCUUUCGAGCACUUGGGGCCCGACGAUGUCCAACACCCAAGCCAUGGUGCCAGUAUCGCCUGGCUGGCGCAUCUUGAUUUGAUCAAACACACCAUUCAAGCAGGCCUCGAUACAGUCCUUAUCAUUGAAGACGACGUCGACUGGGACGUGUCCAUCCGGUCGCAGAUGGUCCAAAUUGCGGAAAGUGUACGCAACCUAACCCACGUCGACGAUCUUGACCAGGAUCCCGCACCGUACGGGCGAGACUGGGAAGUCCUCUGGAUCGGCCAUUGCGGCGAGUACUGGGAAGAGCAGUUCGAAACGAUUCUAUAUGACGAUCCCACUGCGUGCCCCCACAGUGACUAUUUCGGCUGGGCAAAGCCGUACAUCGACCGUUUGCCGGAUCGCCAACGCGCCGUAUACCGGUCCUUUAAUCCCGUGUGUUCAUUUGCAUAUGCCUUGUCCCGAGAGGGCUCUCGGAAAGUGUUAGAACUGCUGGGCGGGGCGCAGGAUGAGGCCUUCGAUGUGAGUAUGAUGCAUGCUUGUAAGGCGGGCCAUCUUAAAUGUAUUUCGGUUGUGCCCGAGGUCGUUCACCAGUACUUUCCGGCCCAGUCGUUUGGUGUGAAGAGUGCGGUGGAUAUUGGCAAUGGUCAAGAGCCGGGUCCGGAGGAAGCAGAAUUUGAACAUGUAAUGGGCGCGACGGAGAAUAUUCUUGACAGCGCACGGUGUCGUGCGUUAUGGGGCCAGCCGUGCUUGAGGACGGAGUGA